AGGCGAGAGGGAGGGUGGGCGUCGAAGGAGUUUGGAGGACGGACCUGAAGCAGCGACAAGUAAUUCAUAUCAAUUAAUAAUCAUCUUUAAGAGAGGAGAAAAAAGAGAAAGGGAGGCUGCUGGCAGAGGUGCACGGGAAACUGGCAUGGUUUUUGUUGGAGGCUGGCAGUUAAGAGCUGAGGAAGUCAGAUAUGACUGUGCUGCUGCUGAGAUGAUCAUUGAGGGAGACUUAGACCAUCUGAUGGCAGAGGACACCGGGCAUGCAGCUGACGGACUGAAGACGAUGCUGGAUGCCAUGGAAAUGCCAAGUCAUGCUAGGGAUCUCCUCCUACAGCUCAACACCCAACGUACCAAGGGCUUCUUGUGUGAUGUCAUCAUUGUUGUUCAGAAUGCCCUGUUCAGAGCCCACAAGAACAUUCUGGCAGCCAGCAGCCUAUAUUUGAAAUCGCUGGUGGUUCAUGACAAUCUUAUCAACCUUGACCAUGAAAUGGUGAGUCCAGGGAUCUUUAGGAUCAUUCUGGACUACAUUUAUACUGGACGCCUUGCAGAUGGAGACCCCACCUCUCCAAAUGAACCAAAUCUUGGUGCUGUCCUGGCAGCAGCUAGUUACCUCCAGCUCCUCGACUUAGUGGCUCUGUGCAAAAAGAAACUGAAAAGACAGGGCAAGUAUCUGCCACGUCAUGGACCAGCUUUUCUACCCUACUCAAAGAUGGGACCCAAUAGUUUGGGGAUAGGGAGUGGAGGCAGGUACAGGAUAUCUACCCCUGUCAUUCAACCCUGCCCUCCAGGAGGGAUCUUGAACAGCCAUGCCAAUCGACCACCUCCAAUUGAAGACAUUGUGCCACAUCGGUUGGGCAUUCAUGCUGGGGAGUUGUACGCUCCCCCCUCUACCAUUCAGGGUUCACAAGUUUUUCCUUCCUUGCAGUCAUCUCUGCCUGCCCAGCUCGGGCGUUCAGCUAAUCCUGAAAGGAACUGUUCGCCCAACUAUGGCCUUGAUCUUUCAAAGAAAAGCCCCAAUUCUCAAUCCCAUCACACACCCUCUCAUACCCAUCUGCCCAACACUCAUAACAAAGAGGAGCAAGACAUGAUUCUGAACAACCGCACAAGUCCCAUACAAGGGGCCAAUGGAAGACCUUUCCCUUCUGAAAAGAUUGAAUCAGCUGAUCAGAAUACUGCAAUCACCCCUCCCCCAUUUCCCCAUCUCAAUCAGCCUCUUGGGUCGAAUCUUCCCCACCUGCAACGCUCAGGUUCCCAAGGCACUGACCGCUAUCCAUGUCCCCUUAGCCCUGACACUCCCACAGAGGGUGGAGAAGCAGGCAGGGAGAUGGGCAACAUCUAUCGUUGGGUGAAGCAUGAACCACUGUACACAGUUGAAGAUGAGGAUGAGGAUGAUGAUGAUGAGGAGGGGAAUGAUAAUGGUGGCCAGCAUCACAACCACCACAAGGUUGGUGAGGAAAGUGAGGGGGCUGAUGACAAGAGCGUUUCAGGCACAGAGGAAACUGGCAGCAGCGAAGGACGACCCUCCCCUCCUGGAGCGAUGGGGAGGUUUCACAUGCCGUUUGAGCCCGAGAGCUUUGGCGAUAACCUCUAUGUCUGCAUUCCUUGUGACAAAGGCUUCCCUAGUUCAGAACAGCUAAAUGCACAUGUAGAGACCCACACCGAAGAGGAGCUGUAUGGCAACCCUGGAGGAGAGACUGUGAAUAGCAACAACAGCAAUAACUUAAAAAACAUGAGCAACAAUACAAACAGCUACGGGAGCCUGAACAGCAGCAACAGUUUAAACAACAUGUCUCAUCUGGAGUCCAAGUCCAGACUGAGCUCUGGAGGUAUUGGGGACAUGAUACGACCCUAUCGCUGUUCAUCCUGCGAAAAAACUUACAAAGACCCAGCCACAUUACGGCAGCAUGAGAAGACCCACUGGCUGACGAGGCCCUAUCCUUGCAGCAUCUGUGGCAAGAAGUUCACACAGCGCGGCACCAUGACGCGGCAUAUGCGAAGCCACUUGGGGCUUAAACCCUUUGCAUGCGACUCUUGUGGUAUGCGAUUUACUCGCCAGUAUCGCCUCACUGAGCACAUGCGCAUCCACUCUGGAGAAAAGCCAUAUGAAUGUCAGGUUUGUGGAGGAAAGUUCGCACAGCAGCGCAACCUCAUCAGCCACAUGAAGAUGCACAGCACUGGAGGCACAACGGGGGGCCUGACAGUAGACGGGAAGCUGAAGCUGGACUUUGCUGAGGGCAUCUAUCCUUUAAGUAAAUACACAGCGGAGCACCUGGGGCUGAAGCAAGAGAAGGCCAAUGAACUUCUUAUCCAGGCUCAGCAACAGCUGGUGGCCGAGGCAAAGGUCAUGGAUAGCCUUUACCCACUGUCCAAACUGGCUUCGGAGCACCUGAACCUUCAACAUGAGAAGAUGGAAGUCCUGACCCAACCACUGCCACAUCCAACGCAGGCCCUGUCGGAAUCGCGCACCAUUGACCACUACUCAUCCAGCUAAAGCUACAUUCACGCAAACACGUUUCCUAGAUCUACAUCUAGAUAAUCAUUUACUCUUUAGCAGUAAUUUUUUUCAGGAAAUUUAAGUUUCUUUAGUUUGGACUAUGAGAACAAUUCAGGAGGUAGUUAACCCUUCUUUCACACUUGUUUUUUAAUAGUAUGAUAAACAUCUGACUUUCAAUUAUGGAAUACCAGAUGUAUCCAAAUUUAGGAUUUUAAACAAAUCUGUAAAAUGAAUGUAGCUUACAUUAUCUGUCAUGUAUACUUGCUAGGUCAGUGUGCACUUACACUCAAAUAUGCAACCAACUUUCAGUAUUCAAAAGCCAUUCACCUCAUCUCAUGUCUUCUGCACCUCAAACUCUGGCAAAAUGACCGUGGCCAAUGCCAGUGAAAACCCAAAGAAAAACCAAACGGUCAAGUGCCUUUCUUCUUCUAUCAUAAAUCCUUCUUUGUAAUAAAGAGCAGGGUUCUGUAUUAUUCAGUGACCAAGAGACACUCAUGCACAUUACAGUAUUUAUAAAUAGUGUUUGCAAUAAUAUUUUCUUUUUUUUUCAUUUCUUUUCUUUUUGCUUUUCAGCUAUUGAGCCAAAUGAUGAUUUAAAAUCAAAUCAUUUAAUUUAUUUUUGUAAAUUCAAAAAGAGAUUUUUACAAGGUAACCUGCAUUCAGACCCAAAAUCUGUGUACCAUUACCUGUCUUCGUAUGUGUGUACUCAAGAUAUGAAAAUAACCAUAUAGGAGGAGGACAAGUUUCAAGAUUCUUUGUGUCCAGGCCACGUUGGAACUUUUAUUCAAUAAAACCAGCUCAUUUGGACUCUAAUGGAUGUGAAAAUAUAAAGUAUAUAAUUUUCUUUUCAUGUGCAUUCCUGGUGUUUAACACCAGAGUAGCGAUGUGGUCUUGUUUACUGCAAAGAACACAACCAGCUUCAGUCUCUUCCCUUUUUUAGACCAUGCUAGUGAGUGGGCUUUCACAGGCCCUGUUGGACCAGUCAGGUGUGUGUUACUGUUACUGACAAUUUUGAUCUGAGAUAGACUGAUUAUGUACAUUGGAAAACUGGUAUUGGGAAAACCAAAGUGGUCUCUCUUUUGGUUCUAUACUCGGCUAGACAAGCUGACAGAUAAAUCCAAAUGACCCAAACAGAAAAAUGUUGAACUCGAAGCCAUACCUUGGUAAAUGUGCAGUAGAUGAUGUGAAGUAAACAACCAAAAAAAAGUGCUGUUGUAACAUUGGCCAAGUGUUAUAAGUAUGUGGUCUGCCACCAGGCCCCAAAACAACAUUGCAUCAGGUGUGCAGGGUGAUCUUGGGGUGUGUACUUGUCUCAGGAACAAAGGAACUCUAUUACAUCUGUGCCUUCUCAAUUUUCAAGUACUUUUGAAAAUCAUAUAAUGAUUGUAAUGGCCUUAUUCCAUUUUAUAUUCAGUCACGUCUACAGAUGUUUGUUAAAGACAAAAGUUGUAGGAAAUCAGAUGACUGUGCUAGUUUUUGAAGUCAGCAGAAAGUUUAAGUCUUUUAUAGGGAAAAAAUGUCCUUUAAAACAUAAUACAACUUACUAAAAGAAAAUAAAUUGUUUUUUAGUUUGAGUAUUUGAGCACAAAACAUUGGUCUAUUAUUAGAUGAAAAACUGAAACCAAAUACCCAAGAAAUAUUGACUGAUUCAUAUUAAUGGAUCCUGAGAUUGUUUAAUAACUUUAUUUAAAGUCUAUGGCCACCUAAGGGUUAAACCUUUCAAAUCACAACAAUGUUUGGUGCAAAUACCUGAGUACCUGAAGCACUUUAACUUUACUUGUCAAAAAUCUUUUUAUCUGAGCUUAACAAAUUUGCCCUUGUGAUUUUUUACAUACUGGUCUAGAAAAUGUUUUAAAAGAGAAAUCUUGUACUUGUUCCAGCGGAUUGUCUUUUCCUUCAUCUUAUAAAGAAAGUCACGUACAGCUCGUGAUGUUGUGAAGGCACAUUUUUGAUUGUCAGUCCAAAGACAUGCUUUCCUUUUGCCAUUUCAAUCAUUGAAAUUGAGUUUUUCACGUUUCUUCAAUUUUGCUCGUCUUUGUUUCACUUUGUUUAACCACUAUGUGCCAAUGCUAACCUCAGUGGGUUAAUGUGAAGACCAAAGCCAUAAAUACACUGUGAUAGAAGUAGUGAAUCUUCAAUGGCUUAUAAAAACAAAGACAGAAGUGUGCCUCACUUAUGAGAUCAAAUCUAUUUGAUGUAACAGUUAUUUAAGGGCUGUAGCAUGUGAUCAUAUCAAGACAAAAUGCUACGUUUCUGAGAUUUGAAAUGAAAGCAGCACAUGUAAAACUGGUGCUUACCUCAGGACUGAUGCCAGCAUGGGGAUGCUAUGCUUUAAUAAACCCCAUACCUAAAAAUGUCAAUGUACACAUGCACAGAUGAAUAAUGCCUCAAAGUAAAAUUGGUCUGGCCCUGUAAUGGAACCCACAACCUUUUUAAUGUGGACCACAUGCAGUUACAAAUUACCUCUUAAGAAUUGACACAGGCCCUGUGUUGGCCCAGAAACUCUUUGGUUUAACCAUAGAUUCAGCAAAUGUUUCUAAUAAUUCAUUGUUUGUUUGAAUUUUGGCUGAAAUCUGGUGCAUGGAUGACAGUGAUUCAUACAUGUGGGCCCGGUGACCAGUUUUGCUUUGUGGGACACACACAUUUAUCAUUUGUAUUUUUUAUUUUCUAUCAACAUUACGGUGGUUCUGUGUUAAACCUGUGGUUUUCUUCUGUGUUUAUUAGUUGUUUGUACUAGAGGGAAAAAGAGUGCUAUCAGCGUUUCUUCAGUUUAUUUUUUGUUUGUUUGUUUGUACCAUGUGGCAUACAUGCUUUAUGAGUUGUGUUUUUCCUCAAAUAGACUUUUGUCACUCUUGCACAUUGACUUAUACUUUUGCAUAGAAGAAAUGGACAUAGUCACCUCAUGUGGAAGCAAUGAGAUUUGCAUAUUGUGAUGUUGUAGGGUUAAGGUUUCAAAUUGUCUUAAUAGAACUGGGGACCUGGUUUUUAAUGUUCCUCUGAAACCAGCCACUUCAAAGCGACUCCCACGCUUCAUCUAUAACUACAAGGUUUAGGCCUAUUCUUUAUAUACAGCUCACACUCUGGAUUCCUCCUCUGAAAAAGGAUGUCCGAAUGAGUGACAUCUAAUGGUAGGGCUGCAAGGACAGGUGUGCUAACACUUCACUUCCACCAAGUUUGGGAAGAAAAUACGGUAGCUUUCUUUGCAUGUCAAAAACAUUGUGUGUAUUAGUGGCCAGAAGAAAACACAACAGCAACAAAGUGCUGGUAAAAAAAAGAAGAAAAGAAAACGUUUGCUGAAAAAUGUCAUUCGAUUCUCUAAAUUUGAAAUAUAAAACUAUUUGCUUUAAGAAUUGUAAGACAAAAGCCCUGGAUGGAAACCAAAGCUAACAUGGUGGUCACACUUGCCUAAAAUACUACACUAUGCUAUAUAUUCAAUACACAUUCACUGUUUUAAAAACAGUGUAUUAUGGCCGUGUAUUAUAUAUUUUCAAAUGAACUCUCCUAAGUCUUAAACAAAGGACCAUUCAACCAUUCACCAGUGUGCAGUCUGAACUGGAGUUUUAGGAACUUUUCUGAAUGACAUCGGGGUUAGCAUUAUGGGGCUGUUUUUUGCCAUGUCUGUAAGAGAGUGUAGUAUUUUGAACCUUUAAUAAUAAUACUCUGGUUUCUUGUCCAAACAGAGCAGCAGUGGUUUUUGUGGUCAAGUAUAGAAUCCUGUAGAAUGUUUGAUCCCCAUUUCUCCUGAGGUCAUCAAACCUUUGAUUAGAGUCAGACCGUGGAAACACACACACACACACACACAGGGUAAAUCUGUUCAUUUUGUAAUGCUUCAUGUAUUUUUUGACAAUGUUUGUAAGCUCUUUUUAGUGACAAUGAAAUUGGCCGCUGAUUUGGGUUAUGCAAUUUAAUUCGCUGGAACCGUCAUGUGUUUGUAUUCAACAGGCAUUUUCACAAUCUGGCCUGUCUGCCAGUUUAAACAAAGGUCUCCAGGAGGCAAAACACAGCUUUUGAUUUCCUUCAUGUAAAUUUAGUGAUUGUAAUUAACCAGUACAAGGAAGUUAUACAAUGUCAACUUGUGGUGGAGUGUUUAUAGUGUUGUGGCCUUUAAAGUUCUUGGUGUUUUCGUACAAUUAAAGCAAACGCUUGAAUAUUUUUGUAAAGGGAA